AUGCGCAGUUUUAUCACAAAUAAAUCGCCACAAUUAUCAAGAUUUAUGUUUAUCGGUUUACUAUGUAUAUUUAUUGCUGGAUAUGCUGAAUCAACUGACCUCAGCCUGGAUUCUGGACUUGACGGAUCUACGAGAAACGAGCUUACCAAUGAAUCCUUGAAGAUUCGUGCUCGUCGUGCAACUGAUGCUGAGUUUUCCAUAAUGCUCGAUCGAAUUCAAAUGAUAUCUCGUAUUGCCACAGGAAUCCAUCUUCGACAUGGUAUUACCAAGGGAACUAUCGAUUCGGAAGAACUGAUAUCUGAAUUUCUCAAUUUCGGAACUACGACUCCUGCUCAAAUCACUGCAAUUUCUGUAGAUAAGUUGAAGGGGAUUGUUGAUGGAAUCAAUAGGCUCCGUGAGCUGAAUGUUGAUGAUAAGAUGAAGCAGCUAGAGGAUCGAGUGACACUUUAUAGUUCAUUUGUUGAAAAAACGAAGGGAAUGGAGAGUGCUAACAUCUUUUCUAACAAAGAUGAAUAUGAGGCUCAAUUGAAACAAUUUCAAGAAAAAGCACAAACACUGAAUUUGCAUCAGCUGGAAAGUUAUUUUUAUACAAAUAUUGAUAUUUUUAUGGCGUCCUUAAAUAUAUUGGAGGCUACAGAUAACGAAAAAGAAGCUGAUGAAGAUUUUAGAGAGGUGAUUCGUCUUAUAAAAGAAUUAAACCGUUCUUACCCAGACUAUAAUCCACUAUUUGAAUUUGAAAAACUUAAUAAUCCUCAAAAUAGUUUUCCACUUCUAUAUCCAGUUUAUGAGACUAUUCAAGAGUAUUCCAAAAUCAGUGAAACACUCGAGACCACGAUAUUAUCUGGUAUUCAAAAGAAUAUUGAUAAUGUUAUCAAAAUAGCCAAGUCAGCUAAAUUGAAUGCAGAAAGUGUUGAACAACUUUCCAAUAUGUUAUUGUCUCGACAUUCCAAAUCAACUAAAGCUUCCAAACACAUAACUGGGUUUUUCAAUGGCGAUUCGGAUAUUUGGAAUAUUUUCGACAACUUGAAAACGGAUUGGAUAAAUAAAACAGUGUAUGGACAAGCGGAACACAUUGGUAAAGCUUUGCAAACACUAAAGACAGUUCAAACCAACGUGCAAGAUUCUAAUGAAUCGAUUAGAAGAGGCGAAAAUGAUAUGCUGAAGGAAAUCACCGAUGUGCAUUCAAAAGUCAUUCGACUAGUGAAGUAUGCUGAAACCGUGGAGCCGUUUAUUGGAAGCAUCGAAGCAAUUGAUAUACCUCAAGUGAACAAAGAUGUGAAGAUCUCUGAGAUGGACAUAAUGGAAUCUUUGCUACACAACAUGACAUUGCUGUCGUCCAAAAUAUCAACGCUGAAAGAAUUGUAUAAACUGAUGAAUACUUUGAAAAUCGAGGAAAACCAGAAAAAGUUAGCUGAAAUGGUCAGAAUUGCUAGUGUUACUGGAGACAAGCUCAAGUUGUACCGAGGAAGUCAAGAAUUCAAGGAUAUUCACUAAUUGCUUCUACCAAUGCAUGACGCGUAUAACAUUUUAAGAGAACCAACAGUCAUGGAAACUAUUGACGCUCUUUCAUCAAAAAUUCCAAAAAUUCGGCUCAAAUAGAAGUCAAUUCCCUGUCAGAAUUCAAAGAUAUUGGAAGGAAUUCUCAAGUGAUUGGAACAGCAACACGUGGAAUACUCAACAUGCAGAAAUUGAUGAAUGCGACUAUCGAUUUUCAGGCCUUUGAAGAUAUGAAAUAUCUGACAAAAAAAGAAAUUUUAGAACUUGAAAAGAAGAUGAGUUCUCAGGAUGUCAGAAAUUUGAAAUCUUUGGCUGGGAUUGGAGGCGAAUUGAGAACGCCAACUUAUUAGAUUAUGGUGGAGUUUUUAUACAAGCAACAAAGAUCAAAGGAAUUGCAAUUGAUUGCCCGGCAUUUAUUGCUUCAUUGGAAAAGCUGAAAAAUAUUCUAGCAUCUUGGUUUUUUUCAAAACUCUCCAUAGAUCAAUUGGAUAAAAUUAUGAUCAGUCUUGAAUUUCACCUUGAUUUCUCCAAGUUCUCAAAGGCGCUCAAUGGCUCAGCCGAAUCGUUGCAAGCACUUGAAAUGCAUUUUGCCAAGUAUAAGGACACAUUGAAAAAAGCUAAAAAUGGAACGGCUUCAUCAUUUUCGCAACCUCAAAGCGGAGCAGGUUUUAUGGAAAAAGGCUCUCCUUAUUCCUACAUUGGUUUAUCGAUGAUAGUCUUUAUUAUUGUAUGUGUAAUUCUGUUUGUGGCAUGGAAAGUUUACGACGCUUCAUCUGAUGAUAAGAAGAUAGAAGAAAAAUCCAAAUCUCAUUCGUCUAAGUAAAAUAUUAUUCAAGGAUAUUUCAAAAAAAGGAUCGGAUUUAAUGAUUAUUAUAGAACUAUUUCAAUUGGUUUCUUUGUAA